AGCGUAUAUGUAUAUAUGGAAGAGAUAGAGAGAUAUAUUUAUAUGUAUGUAUAUACUUAUGGGCUUACAUCACCAUUGGCACGUUACUAGAAGAAACUCAAUGUUUUUAGAGCUCAUUUGUAAACGAAGUACCACAAAAUUACGACAGAAUACAUUUUGUCAGUUGAAAUUUCCAUUUUCCUGUAUUCAAAGACAAAGGCCUUUUCAUUCUCUUUCUGAUCUCAGAAAACAAAGUCACAUAUAUUAUAUAAACCCUGAAAACCCUACUGAAGUCCCUCUCUAAUAACCAAUGGCCUCGAAGAACAUGGGUUUAGAGAUGCCUCUGUCAAAUCCUUCGACGAGAAAACCGAGGUCCUUUUCCCAAAACAAGCCAAGUACCUCGAAAAACAAACUGGUCUCCAGCAGCAAAACAACUAAAGACCGCCAUGCAAAGGUUGAUGGCAGAGACAGGCGCAUCAGGCUGCCGCCUGUCUGUGCUGCUAGGAUUUUCCAGCUCACUCGAGAACUUGGGCACAAGACGGACGGUGAGACCAUAGCAUGGCUCUUGCGUCAAGCUGAGCCAUCGAUCAUUGCAGCUACUGGCACUGGCAUCAACUUGCCUAGUGACACUACUCCUGCUCUAUCCACCCCCACUGGUUUGGUUCCUUUCUCCUCUGGGUCGCCCUUGCUUUCAUCGGAUUAUUCGCCUUCCUUGAAUUUUUCUCAGGCAAAAGUUUUCUCUGACAACAAAGAUAAGCUGAAGAACUGUGUGGUUUCGAGGGCUGAGCCUACUUUGCCUCCUUUUGAGUUUGAUUUGGUUGCAAACUUUGAAUUGGAAUUCUCUGCCAAUGAGAUUGCAUUGUUGCAAUCGGUGACAGGAUGUCAUGACAAAGAAGGGAAAUUUUGAGAGAAUUUAGUAAAAACAGAGAAGAAGUUGCAUGUUGUUUUGGAUGAAUAAAAAUAAAUUAAUUAGAGACUACUAUGUUUCUCCCUGGCCUUCUUUUUUGCCCUUUUUUCAUUAGGUAUAUAUAUAUAUAUAUAUAUAUGUGAUCGGAUUUUAAGUUUAUGUGUAGCAAUUCAAAGAAUUGGUUUUGAAUGUACCCAAAAAAAACUGGUUUUAAAUUUUAUUUUUCAAAGAAUGGCUCUAGUUUAUGGCUUUCAAUCUACCUAGCCAUUAAUGAAUUGCUCUAGUUUGGAGUUCUUCAUGGGCAUGCGUAUUGAACCUAAAUUAAUCCCUCAGUUAUUCGGAUUGUAAAUGAGUGUUGGAUAUAAAUACGUAUUUGACAGAAUACGUUUUUUUUUUUAAUAUAUUUCAAACAUAAAAUUUUUGUAUUUUUGUUUA